AGCAUUUGACAUUAAGAUAAAAAGGAAGGGAGAAAAAGGAUCUCUCUAACGGAUGCCCCGAGAGGGACAGAACGGCUCGGUGGUUUCCCCAUUUAAGAGGAUGGAGAAUUUAACUGAGCGGAUACAAGCUUGGAUCCAAUUGCGCCAUCGGUCGUCGAAACAUACUUCUCGCGGAGAGUUUCCAGGCAGCCCCCGCCGCUUUGGUAGACGCGAUCUUGUGCUUGGAGAGGAGCUUUCCAAUCAUUAUAGAAUUUCCGCUGCCACCAGACAAGAUGAUAUUUGGUCGUCCAGUGGUGUUGAGCUCUUCAAUGAGAGUAAGAAGGUUGGUAAUAUCAAUGGUGUUGUAAAGGAAACAAUGAACAUAUGAGAUUAUGGGAGUUAUGGAGAGGGGUUGUGAGUAUGGAAAUUUGGUUUGAGAGUUUGAAUAUCUUGGAGGUUUUCUUUCCCAUGAGUUUUCUCUUAUACUUAUAGCCUCUUUUAGCUUUAAUUUCUAAGUAGUUG